GUCACGUCCGCGCGACAGAGGGUCACAGAAGAGUGGCUGUUUGAGGGUUGGUUUCGCUCUGCAGUUUCAGCUUCUUCAGCUCAGUUUUCCAAUAUUCUUCUUUUCAUUAAAAACAAACAUGUCGACCGCUAUGAAUUUCAGCUCCAAGAGUUUUAAACCUCGGGCUCCCGAUAAAGGCUCUUUCCCCCUGGAUCAUUUCGGAGAGUGUAAAGCCUUCAAGGAGAAGUUCAUGCAGUGCCUGAGGGAAAACAGCUUUGACAACUCCAAGUGCCGGCUACAGUCCAAGGACUACCUGGAAUGCAGGAUGGAUCAUCAACUCAUGGCCAGGGAGCCUCUGCAGAAACUGGGAUUCAAGGACUUGAUGGAUCCUCCUCCCAGCCAAGAGGAAUCCAAACCGUGAUGUGGUGCAGUUUGUGAAGUGAACAGCCAGGAGCCUCUGUGGACGUCGAACAUCCAGCUUUAUGUUGUGAAUUAGAUGACAGCUGCCCUCCAGGAGCAUGUAUAUGGAAGAGGCUGCAGUGGGUGUGAAAGGCAUUCAAGGACUGAGUCUGCAGGACCUGCAGGAGGAUGGCCGUGUGUGACAUGUGACCUCAGUUCGAGGCUGCAGAUUGUCAAGUGAGAUGCUGCAUAAACAAAAUGCUUCAUCUAAAGACUUGGUGUUUUGUUUUCAAAAUAAAGUUGUUUUUUUAACUA